UGUAUCCUGAGUUGCAGUCCUGAGCCUGCAUUCCUCUCAUCAAGGAUUUGCUUUAACAAAAAAAAGAAAUCAUAAAUAAAAACACGGACACAGACUGGAAUACGGCGGAAAUCCACCGGAUCGCUGAUGGAGUUACACUUUAAAGGCUGAUUAUGUUGUUCGCGAACCGUCGCGCAGUAGUAUUUGUGUUUCUGGUUUGGACGGCUCCGGCUAAAUAAAGGAGUAUACACACAUGAGAAGAAAAAUAAACAGAUACGCCGCUUCAGACGCGCUUUAAAAAGCAGGAAAAACAAGAUGGCUGGUGACAGAAAACGAUAACGAGGGAAAAACGCUCUUACCCUCUUUAAGCAGAAGAACUGUGUCUGUGUGAAAUACAUAAAUAUUUAAGCGAGAGAACAAAUAAUGCUUAACGUUUUAAAGUGAAACGCUCGCGAAACGCUCGCGAGACGCUGCUGUGAGCCGCGCGCAGGUGACCGCUGAGAGCCUGGACAUGGAGAGGCAACGCGCUUCGGAAAACCCUUUAACAUUUAACGACUAUAGAUAGCAAGAGAAUAGCUUUACAGAGGAGUUUGAUCAAGAGAUUUGCGUGCGAGUGUUUGCGCGCGUGUGUGUGAGAGAGAGAGAAAGAGAGAGAGAGAGGGAGCGCUCGAGCUCCGUGGAACGUUUCAUAAUGCAGAUUAAUUAAUGCUCAUACACGUUUGUUAGUUUGAAUUAAUUUUUGCAACAUUGUAACGUUUCAGAGCGCGGAGGCGCGUUGUUUUCGUUUGAUCUGCCGACUCGCAGAACGACUCUUACUACUACAACUGACAGUCUAUACAAAACGCUUGCUUUACGUAUUCAUUUUAAAGAAGUGCUCAAUAACAAUUUCUUGCGCCACAUUCACAGUGUCCAGGCAAGUAUGUAAUUGAAAAAGACCGCAAAUGACACCGCUUAUUUAUACACCAUUUGCUGCAUGGGACAAAACCGGUGCUGUUUCCGGACUAGGGGUAUCCGACUCACGUGUGGGUUAAACUUUGUCCAUGAUUGGACGCGUUAUAGAGACCUCUUUUAGAGAAAUCCAUACAUGUAAGCACUAUGCAGGUAUUUAUCAUCCGAGUUCAACUUCCAGACCAGAGCACAUCCUCACGUUAAACGCGCAUACAGCAGAUGCUGUAGCUUCCCCAGCGUCCUAACGCCUUGUCCAGUUCUAUUACAAGCUCUUAGCAACUUUUGAUUGUCCUGUUUUUUUUUUAUUGUUAUUAUUUUGUAAUAGGCAGGAUAAUUAACAGGGAUCAGUGUGAAAAAUCUGUGCACUUCCAUUCUCAUCACGCACACAUAGCCUAAAUAAUGUGUUAGGACAGACUCAUAUCAGACAGCCAAGACUCCGGUUUGGUUUCUUAUACAAGCAGGUUUUCAGUAACAUGUCCAUGACGAUCUGAUUGCACCAGUCAAAGCCCUGAUUUCUGGCUCAGCUGUGGAAUUUGAUUGCUGAUUUAACUUGAGCAGGGGCGGAAGAGGUACUCCCUGGCCUGUUCAUGGAGACUUAUCAACAGCUGUUUAUGCAGACUUUUAUGCCUGUGUGGACAAGCAGAGUCAUACGCUUAUUUUUAUAAGAGUGCCAUGAGGAUGACUGAACCAGCGCGUCAACUUGCUGGCGAUUUAUUUUAAACAGUUUAAUAGGCUCUAAACUUAACACUGGCCUGCAUGUCUUCUGCCCAAGCAGCUGAGAUGGCUGAGGCCUGGAAGAACUGUUUUGAGGAAGAGCUCAUCUGCCCCAUAUGUCUGCAUGUGUUCGUGGACCCAGUGCAGCUGCCGUGCAAGCACAACUUCUGCCACGGCUGCAUCAGCGAGGCCUGGGCUAAAGAUGUGGGCAUUCUGCGGUGUCCAGAGUGCAAUCAGCCGUACAAGCAGAAGCCUAGCCUCGACAAGAACAUCAAGCUAAUCAAUAUAGUGGAGAAGUUCAACGCCUUGAACACAGAGAAAGAACCAGCUGUACUGCAGUGCAUCUUGUGCCGACGGGGACCCGCACUUCCGGCGCAGAAAGUAUGCCUACGCUGCAACGCGCCCUGUUGCCAGUCACACAUCCAAACACACCUUCAACAACCAUCUUCAAAUGCCGGUCAUCUGCUGGUCGAUGUCGAAGAUGUGCGGGCCUGGAGUUGCCCUCAGCACGAUGAGUACAGGCUGUAUCACUGCGAGACAGAGCAGGUGGCUGUUUGUCGUUACUGCUGCUUCUCCAGGUGUGCGGUCGGCCAUGGACACGGCGUCUGUGACGUAGAACUGCGUCAGAACGAUAUAAGGCACAUGCUGAUGAAACAGCAGGAUCGUAUCGAUGAUCGAGUGCAGGACAUCGAAGAGCUGUUGUACAAGCUCGAGUCAGACAAACGGCAGGUGGAGGAUAAGGUGGAUCAGCUGAAACAAGAGGUGCGCCUGCAAUAUCAGAAAAUGCAGCAGCUCCUGGAGGAGGACCUGGGGAAAGCUCUGAAUGUGCUGGAAAAGUCACGAUCAAAGUACUGCCAGGAAAACUCCAGACAGGUCCUGCAGCUCAAUGAGCGGCGCCAGGAGGCCAAGAAGAUACUCAGCUCUGCCCAGGUCUUGUUGGAGAAGGCAGAGAAUAUCAACUUCAUGAAGAACACAAAACCUGUAAAAAUUCUUCUGGAUAGAUCUCAGACAUCUAUAGACGGUGCACUACCUCCCUACAAUGCAGGUCACCUUAACUCUAAAGUCUUUCUCGCUGAGAUUACUAAAAAGGAGAAGAACCUACGCAAAAUGCUGGAAGCACCCUUCGCCGCUCCUGCACACUUUUUCCAGAGUGUUCCUGUCUACCAGUGCAGAGUGAGCAGCUCAGGAUCUGAAAAGCGCAAGCACUCGUCCGCAUUUCCAGAGAGUGGCGCAAGCUUUAUGGAGUCCUCAUCAGGUCCUGUGAACAAGCAGCAGUUCCUGGCUCCGAGUACCAGUUCUGACGAAGGGCCAUCUGUGGCCUCUUGCAGUUCUGCCCGACACAUCGUGAGCCUCAACAGUGGCGGCACAGAAGUGAGCGAUGCUCAGGCUGUCCAUCAUUCCAGCUCAGUGUUUAGUCCCGCCCACUACCCCAAUCCUGGCUCCACCCAGCAGGCUAUGCUGCCACAGUACAAUGGCCGUAAGAUACUCAUGUGUACAGUGGACAACUGCUACUGCUCCAGCAUGCCCUCUGUGUCCGGACACCAUGGGCAUCCUUCCUACCCGCGCUCACCCUCUUUUGCCUGGGCGCAAGAGUUCUCGCACCCAAUGCCUCCCCCAGCCCCCUCAAUGGCCCAGCCAAUGCAGAACAUUUCAGUGCGUGGCAACUGGAUUGGCACCUCACAGAGCCACAGACACCCUGACUUCUACAGUCUGUAUGGAGAACCUUCUACUAAACACUACGUCACCAGUUAACCAUCCUGUUUCACUUUUGCUGUCUCUCUUUUUAUUUUGUCUCAAGCAAAACAACCAUUGCAUUGAAAUGGCACUUUUCCAUUUUAUAUUAGUCGAGAGGAGCCUUGUGGCCUCCCAACCACAUAACUUCCUUCUUGAGUGUAUAAAACCCCUGUGCAGCUUUUUUUUUUUUUUUUUAAAGAGGGAAUUUGUGGCUGUGCUUUUAAAAUUGAAAAUAGGCCUGGGAUAAUUGCAUAAUUGCAGAUGCUACUGACCCAGAGCAGAUAAUAUUAGGCUUUGCACAGGGCCAGCUUCAGGCGCUUUCUCUGCCCCAUCUUCCAGCCUUUAGCGCAUUUGGAGAGAUGCAGGAGAAGGCAUCUUUAUAUCAUAUAUUUGUUUUGUUAUUUAUUGUGUAAUAUUAAAUUGGGAGGGGGGGGGGCUCUUUUACUGUGUCUAUAUGAUGCCUGAACUUCCUUUUUUCUUAAUAGAAGUGGUUUUUAAGGUAAGGGUUAAAAAAACGAUGGGUAAAAAGAUUAAGAAGGAGGUUGUUUUUAUUACGCUCUUCAACCACACCAUGACAGUGUGGCUGUUUGCCCAAGGUCAAAACCAUGUUUAACAUGGGGCCAGCUGGGAGUGAGCUCUUAUGUAAAUGCCUAAAAGGCAACAGGAUCUGGUAUCAUGUUUACAAUUACAUCUUAGUAUUUUUUUUUUAUUCAACUGGUGUGUCUUAAUUCUAUUUAGAAGAAAUAAUCACUCCGGAGGAAUCAAACAGCAUAAAUUUCGAACUCAAAUAUCUGUCUUACUCCCGGAAAGGCUCCAGGAGCCCACUUCACAUGUUUCACAUGUCUUUCCUAUACUUUAUAGUUACUGCACUUAAACUAAUCUUUCCUGGAUUCUGCUUUAUGUUGGGAAGGAUAACUUCCUGAAUGCAAAGCACAGGAAAAGCAUGUUCAUGAUGAUCAGCAACAUUUAAUUGUAGAUCAAUUAUAUAUAUGUGGGAUCCUUGUUCUUUAAUAAUGUUGUCAGCUCCAGUGGACCUCAAUGGGUUUGUGUGAUCACUGCCCAGCACUGAUUGUCAGGAACAUGCUAAAAUCAGUUGACAUCCUGUUUGUGACUUUAAGCAGUCCAGAAAGAUUUUCCAUGAACUCCAAGGGUCUGUUCUGAGCCUAAAUAGAAAAUGAUUACAGACUUUUUUCCACAUAUUUUUUUACAAAAAUACAACGGACUACUGAACCUCUAUCAUUUGCGUCAAGAGAGUAUUAAAUGGGGUUUAAAACAUACAGUACAGUCUCACUCACUCAUCGUCAUUAUCGCUUAAUCCUGUAUUCAGGGUCGCGGGGGGCCUGGAGCCUUUCCCAGGAGACAUGAGGCGGGGUACACCCUGGACAGGGUGCCAAUCCAUCGCAGGGCACACAGACAUACAUACACACACACACUUACACACUCAUUCACACACCAUGGGCAAUUGAGAACGCCAAUUAACCUAACCUACAUGUCUUUGGACUGUGGGAGGAAACCGGAGUACCUGGAGGGAAACACAGUACAGUCUUUUUGUACAUAUUUUGUGCAACACAAAGGUGUGGCUCUAAUGUAAAAAAAAAUAAAAUAAACCGCAGUUAA